UCAGAACACAAGAGCGGAGGGGGCGCCGCAGCCAGCCGGGCCCUCCAGCCAUUCGUCCCUCCCGACAUGUCGCGCUCUUUUUAUGUCGAUUCGCUUAUCAUCAAGGACUCCUCCCGGCCUGCACCCUCGCUGCCUGAACCUCACCCCGGGCCGGAUUUCUUCAUCCCGCUGGGCAUGCCAUCGCCGUUGGUGAUGUCGGUGUCGGGGCCCGGCUGCCCGUCCCGCAAAAGCGGUGCUUUCUGCGUGUGCCCGCUCUGCGUCACUUCGCACCUGCACUCCCCUCGCGCGCCCGCAGGCGCUGGUGGCGGGGGCGCAGGGGUUGGGGGUGCAGGGGUCGGGGGCGGCGGCGGGGCGGCAGGGGGCACCGGGGCCCUGCCUCUGCUCAAGAGCCAGUUCUCGUCGGGUCCUGGGGAUGCGCAGUUUUGCCCGCGGGUGAGCCACGCGCAUCAUCACCACCACCCGCCACAGCACCACCAUCACCACCACCAGCCCCAGCAGCCAGGCUCCGCUGCUGCAGCGGCUGCGGCGGCCGCGGCCGCUGCGGCCGCAGCUGCUUUGGGGCACCCACAGCAUCACGCACCUGUCUGUGCUGCCACCACCUACAACGUGGCGGAUCCGCGGAGAUUCCACUGCCUCACCAUGGGAGGCUCCGACACCAGCCAGGUACCCAAUGGCAAGAGGAUGAGAACGGCGUUUACCAGCACUCAGCUCCUGGAGCUGGAGCGGGAGUUCUCUUCCAACAUGUACCUGUCUCGACUCCGGAGGAUCGAAAUCGCUACGUACCUGAACCUGUCGGAGAAGCAGGUGAAAAUCUGGUUUCAGAACCGCCGGGUGAAGCACAAGAAGGAGGGGAAGGGCGCCCAGAGGAACAGUCACGCGGGCUGCAAGUGCGUCGGUAGCCAAGCUCACUACGCGCGUUCGGAGGACGAGGACUCCUUGUCCCCAGCCUCCGCUAAUGAAGACAAGGAGAUUUCCCCUUUAUGAGGGGGCCUCCCCAACCCUGCCCCUCGCACACCAGCUGCUCCCGUAGCCAACACCUAGGGCAUCCCGGGGCCAAAACUCUCGCCCAUCGCCCUCGUCCCAUC